AACUGCUGUAUUUGAUCUCCUUAAAACAAUAAGGCCGACAAUCCUCACGAUUGAUAUCAUAACUCUGUUGUGGUUGGAUCAUACGAAAUGCAGGCCCAAUGGAGGACAGAAUAAAAAAAUCAGUGGGACGCCCUCGCAGUACACGAGGUAGACUCCACGACAGUGAAAUGCCUCCUCCUCCGCCUGUGCCCAAUACAAAUUCUCUUGUGUCUGGACCGAUGAAGAGUGUCGAAGGCUGGGUAAUUUUUGUGACGGGAGUUCAUGAGGAAGCCCACGAGGACGACAUCCGGGAAGCCUUCUCCGAUUAUGGGCGGAUCAAGUCGAUCGUGAUGAAUGCCGAUCGAAAAAGCGGCCUUGCGAAAGGCUAUGCUUUGGUGGAAUUUAUAGAACGAAACGAGGCGCAAGACGCAAUUAAUGCACUCCACGGGAAACCUCUGCUUGGUCAGAAGAUUGGUGUCCAUUGGGCGUUUUGCAAGUCCAAUUCAACUAGAUAGAUAAAAGCAGAGACAUUUUUAGACAACACAC